AUGGGAUACUCUGAGACUGACUGCUUGGCGAUCAACACGAUCCGCACUCUAGCGGUCGAUGCAACCUUCCCCGCAAACUCAGGGCACCCCGGAGUUCCAAUGGCAACAUUUACCAAUAAUCUGCACAGCAUCACGCCCGGCCACCUAAAAUCCCACGAAACACCAGGGAUCGAGGUGACAACUGGUCCCUUGGGCCAAGGCUUUGCGAAUGCGGUGGGACUGGCAAUCGCCCAAGCACACACGACUAGCAUUUUCAACAAGCCGGACUAUGAUCUGAUCAGUAAUCACACUUUCUGCUUUUUCGGCGACGGUUGUGCUAUGGAAGGCUUGGCAAGUGAAGCUGCUUCCCGUGCCGGCCAAUUGAAGCUUAAAAAUCUGGUUUGUACCUACGACGAUAACAAGAUCUCUAUCGAUGGCGAUAUCAAAUGCACUUUCAACGAAGACGCCCAAAAGCGAUUUGAGGCUUACAAUUGGCACGUUGAAGUCGUGAAAGAUAGUGAUUCAGCGAUGUAUGGAUGUCACGGACAAGCCUUCUAUGAUCAGCUUGCUACAACGUUGGAUUUGGCUCCAUGA